AUAUGGUAUGAUUAAUUGCAUCUCUUAUCCUGGGCUGGCGGCCGGAUAAGACAUGAGCGGUGUCGCAUAUCUGGUAGAAUGAGUGAAGAGCGCCCUCGCCGUCACUGCUGUAGCACCAGUGCGGUUCGAUGAUUGGCUCUGGGGGCCGAAAGCCUGCCUGAGGCUCUCAAAUCAUGUCCCUCCCUGGCAAGUAACCACCGAUAACCGAUAACACCUUAUCGUCCAACUGAAAGCAAGGAGCUCCUCCCUCAUUGGAACUUCCUAUAUGAAUUCCGACAAGUACAAGCUCUGCACUGGGAACCAUCGAAGCCUUUGAGUACAAGCCACCCUGAAUCAACUUCCCUCCACCAUGGUGUCCUCGGAACUCCUCUUGAUUCUCAUGCCCUGGACCCCGCCCGCCGAGUGGGUUUCCGAUCUGAAGAUCUCCAUUCCUAACAUCCGCAUCGAGAUCCAUGAGAUUGACAGGAAUGCCACCGAGCUGCCUGACGAGAUUGCCCCAGAAACAUGGAAAGACGUUACGGUACUUUUUACCUGGAGACUUUUUCCGACGAAAGAGCUGGCUCCGAACCUGCAGUACGUCCAGCUCUUGAGUGCCGGCUGCAAUCACACGAGCGGGCUACCGCUGUUCAAAGAGACCGAAGUCGCCUUAUGUACGGCCAACGGGGUUCAUCCACCUCAAAUUACAGAAUGGGUCUUCAUGACCUUCCUGGCUUUCCAGCACCACCUCCCACAGUAUCUCGAUUACCAGAAAGAAGGCAAAUGGGUGGACCCCGUAUCCGAUGAAGACACCGAGGAUGCCGUUGGUUUGAGGGUUGGGAUAAUGGGCUAUGGUAACAUCGGCCGUCAAUGCGCGCGAGUGGCCAAAGCAUUUGGCAUGGACGUCUACGCCUUCACAAUGCGCCCCCGAGCAACGCCCGAAUCUCGAAAGGCUGAUGCGUUCAGCGAGCCGGGCCUGGGUGAUACUGACGGCGAAUUCCCGUCGAAAUGGUUCUGGGGGAGGGAUCAACUGAACGAGUUCCUGAGUUCGGAUCUGGACUUGCUGGUAAUCACGGUGCCGCUGACUCGACAGACGCGAGGCAUCAUCUCGCGGGAGCAGUUCGCGCUGCUCAGUAAGAAGAAGACAUACGUGAGUAAUAUUGCACGGGGAGCGGUAAUCAACACGGUCGACCUGGUGGCUGCUCUUGAUGCGGGUCAUAUUCGGGGGGCGGCGCUGGAUGUCACUGAUCCGGAACCAUUGCCGGCGGAUCAUCCGCUGUGGGGAUAUAAGAAUGUUAUCAUCACGCCGCAUUGUAGUGGGAACUCCACCCACUAUAACGAGCGUGCCCUGAAGAUAUUGACGUGUAACCUGGAGAGACGGGCGCAAGGGAAGGGGCUUAUCAAUCAGGUUGAUCAAGCCCGGGGCUAUUGAUCUCGCUCGUUCAGGGUCAAAACCUCCCUAGUGGGAUAUGGGGAGAGCAACAGCCGGUUGGCACCCGAACCAAGAUGUAUCUCGAAGUUGGACAGGCCUCUUGCUAGAUAGGUUCUCCGAAGACCGAUGGUUCAAGACAUUCGCAGGAAUCUUACCAAGCAUUCAAUCGGUGAGGAUACGGCCAGUCUCUCUCAUAGGCCUCAGGCAGCAAUGCCAGAAAGCGGUAGGGAGUCGGCCUACUCCCUAAUUA